UAAUGCAUUUUAGGGGUGAUAGGCAGUGAGAAUAUCACAUUCUAUGUUAAUUUUUUUCUUGUGUUUUGUGCAUUGGAAUUGACUUAAUAUCGGUUUUAAAGUAUCAUAAAAUUUAUGGGAAAUUCUAAUUAUCAGUGAAAAUUUAGUAUUUAUGAAAGUUGGUGAUUAUUCUUCGACUGCUGUCAGUGGCAAAUAGAUUGUGUGUGUUCUAAAUAGUGUACAACACUUUAUAUAUGAACGAGUUCAACAAGAUAUACCCACCAAGGCUAGAACGGGAGCGACAACGAAAGUGACGUCACAAGUCCCCGAGAAACAAGACAGUCUGCAUUCUUAUGGUUUGACUGCAUUUUGUCGUGAAACAAAAAAAAAGAGGAAAAAAAACACUUUUUUCAUUCGAAAAACUUGUGUCGUUUUCUCAUUUUUAAGGUUAAAAAAGAACUAUUUUAAUAAAUAUAAUAAUAUUUAAAGUGUGACUUUAAUCUAUUGCUUUUCGUAUAACAUUUAAAGUACGGACAAUAGAGUGGAAGAUUCAUUCCAAUGACAAUUAGUCGUCUGCAUCCAUGAAUCAGCGUUCCUUCAUCCACUGAUUUCUUUUUAAAAAAGAGAAAGAAGAAAAAAAAGCAGAAGGAGGCCAAGAGCUAUUGUAAUAACGAGAAAGAAAUCUAUUGGAAAGAAUAAUGGAUUCCGAAGAAGAAACGUACGAUGUAGAUUCGGGUAACGAAUCCAGUGGCGAUGAUAAUAUGGAAUUUGCAAUGGAAAUUGAAGCCGCAAGUCCUAGAGAACGAGCUAGUGACGUCGACGAUUAUCCUUUUGAAGUUUUAUCAACAGAAGAAAUUGUUCAACAUAUGGUUGAUUCUAUAAAAGAUGUAAACACAGUUGUCGAGAUACCGGCGACUACAACGCGAAUUUUACUUAAUCAUUUCAAAUGGGAUAAAGAAAAGUUAAUGGAACGUUUUUACGACGGCGAUCAAGAGAAAUUAUUUGCAGAAGCCAGAGUUAUUAAUCCUUUCAGACAAGGUCCUGUAAUUAAUCGGAAUAGAGCUUCCCAAAGUUCAUUGAUCAGACGCACAUCAACGAAUGGAACGGAAGAAUGUGCAAUUUGUUUUAUAUCUUUACCAGUGCCUAUGAUGACUGGACUGGAGUGUGGGCAUCGUUUUUGCACUGGAUGUUGGGGCGAAUAUUUAACGACAAAAAUAAUGGAGGAAGGCGUGGGUCAAACAAUUGCUUGCGCAGCGCACGCUUGUGACAUUUUAGUUGACGACGCAAGUGUAAUGCGACUCGUUAAAGAUUCCAAAGUCAAACUGAAAUAUCAACAUCUCAUAACAAAUAGUUUCGUUGAAUGUAACAGGCUUUUGAGGUGGUGUCCAUCGCCAGAUUGCAAUAAUGCGAUAAAAGUUCAAUACGUUGAAUCGCGACCCGUUACUUGCAAGUGUGCUCACACUUUUUGUUUUCUCUGCGGAGAAAAUUGGCACGACCCUGUUAAGUGUCAUUUAUUACGAAAGUGGAUUAAAAAAUGCGACGACGACUCGGAGACUUCAAAUUGGAUUGCGGCAAAUACAAAGGAAUGUCCAAGAUGCAACGUUACAAUUGAAAAGGACGGCGGUUGUAAUCAUAUGAUUUGUAAAAAUCAAAAUUGCAAGACGGAAUUUUGUUGGGUGUGCUUGGGACCCUGGGAUCCUCACGGCUCAAGUUGGUACAGUUGCAAUCGCUAUGAUGAAGAUGACGCCAAAACUGCUAGAGACGCUCAGGAAAAAUCUCGAGCUGCCCUUCAACGUUAUCUAUUUUACUGUAAUCGUUACAUGAAUCACAUGCAAUCACUCAAGUUUGAGCAUAAACUCUAUGCCAGCGUUAAGGAGAAAAUGGAGGAAAUGCAGCAACACAACAUGUCAUGGAUCGAGGUCCAGUUUUUGAAGAAAGCCGUUGACAUUCUAUGCUCCUGCCGGCAAACAAUGAUGUACACGUAUGUUUUUGCAUACUACUUAAGGAAAAAUAAUCAAUCUGUGAUUUUCGAGGACAACCAAAAGGAUCUUGAAGGUGCAACAGAAUGUUUGUCUGAAUAUUUGGAGAGAGAAAUUACGAGUGAAAAUCUUGCUGAUAUAAAACAAAAAGUACAAGAUAAGUACAGAUACUGCGACAGUCGACGAAAAGUUCUGCUUGAACAUGUUCACGAGGGAUACGAAAAAGAAUGGUGGGACUAUUUAGAUUAAAUCUAAAAACAAUUGUUUUUUGGUCUCCGUAAAACUGUGAUAAAUCCGGAAAACCAAUACAACACAGAAAAUCAAACAAAAGACUAAACACAAAAAAGGGGAAAGGAUCCAAGAAAAUUAAAUGGAAAACAAAAAAAAAAAAAGAUUGUUUCUAAUUUUGAAAACGUAAAAAAAAUUUUUUUCUUUCAAAAUUUAAAACUUCGCGUUUUAAUUCUAUAUUAUUUAUUAUAUUUGAAAUAUAUUUUUCUUGUUAUUAAAGAAACCCGUAGAAACCAAAAAAAAAGAACAAGGUUUUACAUAAUUGACUUUCCAAAACUGUAUUCUCGAAAAAACUGAAAAAAGUUUUUUAAAAAAAAAGUUAUGAAAAGAAAAAUAAUUGAAAAACACGGGAAAAUUAACUAUGUAUUUCUAAAGUUAUUUAACUUCGUAUAAGAUCCUCUCAACUCUUUAUUCAAUCCACGCACGGCUUACUUAAUUUCAUUUUUUCAUUCACAAUUUAUUAAAAAAAAUAAGGAUAAUACCGCGAGAAUUGUCCGCUUAAAACUGCCAAUAAUUUAACUCAAUCAUAAAAUGUUCCCAUUAAAGUGAAAAUAUUUUUAAAAAUAAUAAUACCUCUGUGAUGACUUCAUUAAUUGAUAUAAUCACUUAAUUGGCUAUUCUGAAAAUGAGAAGAAAAAAAGAAAUUUUUUCUAAAUAUGCAGAUGCAGUAUUCUACUUGUACGUUUUCAUAGAUUUAACGACAAUUUUUGAACACUUUCUUGGAUAAAAUCUAUAGAACGCGUUUAUAAAAUGGAAACUGGUAUUUAAAAAUACACGGUUUCUUUAUUGUCGGUUCUAGAAAAAUUAAAGAAAACAAAAAAUGAAAAAAAACAGACAAAAGGAAAAUCGUCUGCACAUAUUGGGAACUUAAUUGUGUUCCAUUGUACAGUUUAUGUAGUUAUAUAUACAUAGAGUCUUAUAAAUAUAUUCGUACAUUGCUAUGUAGAAAUGAAAGUAGAUGUAUGUUAAGAGAUCAUAGAAAAUAACUAAUUAUAUUAAUAAAAAACAAAAUCAAGUAGUACCUUUUGAGAAUUACUUAUAUUAAAAUUGUUACUUUUUUUUCGUUUUAUCUUAAAAAUUAGGGAAGAAAACGAGAUGACAUGAAAUUAAGAACAGAAAGAAUAAGGACGUCGUUGUGAUUUAAUUUAUUUAUAACUAAAAAUUUAAAAAUUAGUUCUAAACUAAAUUUGUUUUUUUAAAAAAAAAAUAUAUAUAUCAAUUUCUGUUCGUUUAAAAUA